UUAUCGAACAUGGCACGUACAAAGCAAACUGCUCGAAAAUCAACUGGUGGAAAAGCUCCACGCAAACAGCUCGCCACAAAGGCAGCGCGUAAGAGUGCUCCUGCCACCGGUGGAGUCAAAAAACCUCAUCGUUACAGGCCUGGUACAGUCGCUCUUCGUGAGAUCCGUCGUUACCAGAAAUCCACCGAGCUGCUGAUCCGCAAGCUGCCCUUCCAGCGYCUUGUGCGAGAAAUCGCUCAAGAUUUCAAGACCGAUCUGCGUUUCCAGAGCUCCGCUGUCAUGGCUCUUCAAGAAGCUAGCGAGGCUUAUCUUGUUGGUCUGUUUGAAGACACCAACUUGUGCGCCAUACACGCCAAGCGCGUCACCAUCAUGCCGAAGGACAUUCAGUUGGCCCGCCGAAUCCGCGGAGAGCGAGCAUAAAGUGGACAACACUUUCACAAAACAAACGGCUCCUUUAGGAGCCACCACAUGAAUAAAAGCAAUGACCAAUUGAUCUAUUACAUAAAAUGUGGCAUUCCCUUCACAGUAGAUAAUAUAUAGAUGUUGAUUCGCCAUGUGUUCAUAGCAGAACUUAAGUUCACGUAAAAGCGGAGUACUUGUGAAGCAAAAAUCUAAACUCGCGAGGCGACGCAGUGUUUGCAUGAUUUUUUUGAAACCUCUCGGGAAGGUUAUGAUCCACAGUACUUUCUUUUUUAAUUAAAGCUGAGUUUGAAGUUGCAAAAACCCAAACCAAGUCAGCGCUGUGUCCUAUAAAGAGCCAAAUACACACUUUAGUUUCGGGACAAGCUGAAAUGAUCCCGCGCGAAUUUUCCUUGUUGGCGGACGCUACAGUAUUUCUCGAUAUACAGUCCAACGACGACAUUUCGAACACUCAACGAGACCCGAAAGAACCGAUCAGAUCAGUGUAUAACGUGAGCUAAAAACUUUUAUGUUCGACGGUUUUUUUUUUUUUGUCAAAAGAUGUAAUUUUUUAUUUUCCAAGAAUAAGUUCGAAAACCAUAGCCCGAAAUAGCCGUUAGUAAAUGAUUUCGCUUGGCUUUAUUGUUAUCGAGAGAAUCCAUUUUCGCUCCAGACUCUCUCGGGUACUGGGCGCGUUUCGA